AUGUCUUCGGCGGGGGCAGCAUCCAGCAGUGUUCCUCCAGCACAGCAUGGAAAAGCACCGAUAGACGAUUUAUUUGAUACCGGUUGUGGAAAGAUUCCAACAGAAGCCUUUACUCGCAUUGCAGCAACAGCGUUCUUUUCUGGAGUUGCCUCUCUCUUCUACGUCAUACUUCCAGAAGACUGUGAUCGUCUUAUACAUAGAUUAUAUCAAGAGGAAACCGAUAUUGAACGAUGCGAGGUUUGCGAGCUUAGUGCCAUCGCCGCAGUAGGAUGUCGAUAUGACAGUGCUGAGAUACCGAAUGAAUAUAUCGACAAGUUCUGGGAGCAGUCCUUGCUUUUGGUAUACGACGCAAUCGACGAAGCCAAUCUACGGGCUUUGCGAAUUCUGAUCUGCAUGGGAAUGUACUUGAUUCUGGAUAAAAGUAUGAGCGCUACUGUUAUAAUUGGUAAGAUAUAG